UCUCACUCUCUCUCUCAAACACCCAUGGAUCGCCUGGAGAGCCAAACAACCAGCAGUGCGAGACCAUGCUUGAAAAGGAAGCUGGAUCCAGAAUUCCAAGGCCAAAACCAGGCUCGCAAGAUUCUCGUCGUCGAAGACCCAAACAGAGACGUGCAAUCAAACUCAACCACCACAAGUGCCUCCUUUUCCAGACCCCAUUGGAAUUAUGACGUCUUCCUGAGUUUUAGAGGUGAAGACACCCGCAGCAACUUCACCGAUCACCUCUACUCCGCCUUGGUGCGAGUCGGAAUUCGUACCUUCCGAGACGACGAGGAGCUUCGAAGAGGAAAGACCAUCUCUACCGAGCUACUCAAUGCAAUCCGUGGAUCGAGGAUUUCCAUUGUGGUUUUCUCCAAAGGCUAUGCUUCUUCCUGGUGGUGCCUUGAUGAACUUGUGGAGAUCGUGCACCGUAGGAACACCAAAGGCCACACUCUUCUUCCCAUAUUUUAUCUCGUGGACCCCUCGGAUGUCCGAAAACAAGCCGGAACUUUUGCCGAAGCGUUUGUUAGGCAUGAAGAGUGGUUGCAGACCGAUAUGGAGAGGGUGCAGAGGUGGAGAGUAGCUCUUAGUGAAGCUGCAAAUUGUUCCGGCUGGAAUCUCGAGAGUCUUGCAAAUAGGUACGAAUCAAGCUUCAUUGAGAAGAUUGUUGCACAAGUUUCUUGUGAAGUGGAACCCAUUAGCUUGAAUGUUGCUAGACACCCAAUAGGAAUAAAUUAUCGUGUUGAUCAGGUUAAAGAUUUAUUAGAUCUUGGAACAAGUGACGUUCGCAUUGUAGGAAUUUACGGGAUGGGUGGAAUAGGUAAAACAACCAUCGCAAAAGCUGUUUAUAACCAAAUAUGUUAUGGAUUUGACGGAAGUAGUUGUCUUUUAAACAUUAAAGAAAUUUCAGAACAGCCUAAUGGUUUGGUUCGAUUACAAGAACAACUUCUUUAUGAUAUAUUAAAAAUGAAGAAUUUGAAGAUUGACAGUGUUGAUCGAGGAAUCAAUUUGAUUGAGAAAAGAAUUCAUGGAAAAAGAGUUCUUGUUGUUCUUGAUGACGUGGAUGACAUGGGACAAUUACACGCAUUAGUUGGAAACUCAGAAUGGUUUGGUCCGGGAAGCAGAGUCAUUGCAACAACUAGAGAUGAACAUAUGCUAAUUAAACUUGGCGUACAUGGAAAAUAUAAGGUUGAAGAAUUGGGAAAGGAGGAGUCUCUUCAACUUUUCAAUUUAAAUGCCUUCGGCAUGUGUCAUCCAAAAGAAGAUUACUUGGAGCUUUCAAUUGGUGCAAUGAAGUAUUGCAGAGGACUUCCAUUAGCUCUUGAAGUUUUGGGUUCUUUUUUAUUAGGAAGAAGUGUUGGUGAAUGGAAAAGCGAAUUGGAAAAAUUACAAAAAAUUCCUCACCACCAGAUUCAAGAAAUACUUCGAAUAAGUUUAAAAUCGCUAGAUGAUGGUACAAUGGACAUAUUUCUUGAUAUCUCAUGUUUCUUUGUCGGUAUGGAUAAAGAAUAUGUCAUAAAAAUACUUGAUGGAUGUGGUUUCUUUCCAGUUAUUGGUUUCAAUAUUCUCGCUCAGAGAUCCCUAGUGACAAUUGAUCACGAAAAUAAGUUGAGGAUGCAUGAUCUUAUUCGAGAUAUGGGAAGGGAGAUUAUUCGUGAAAAAUCACCCAAUUUGCCAGGAAAACGUAGUAGAUUGUGGUUUCACGAGGAUGUCUUAAAUGUAUUACGCAACCAUACGGGAUCAAAAACUUUGGAGGCUCUCAUCUUAUAUCUCUCUGUACUUGAAGAUGUAAAUUUGAAAACUGAAGCAUUUACAAAUAUGAAGAAUUUGAGAUUGCUCCAAAUCAAUGCUGUAGAUCUCACAGGAUCUUAUGAACAUCUCUCUAAAGAGCUAAGAUGGCUUUGUUGGCAUAAGUGCUCUUUGACAUUUCUACCACAAAAUUUUCAUCUAGAGAACCUUGUUAUUCUUGACAUGCAACAUAGUAAUCUCGAACAAGUUUGGAAGAAGAACAAAAUACUCAACAAGUUGAAGGUCCUUAAUCUCAGUAAUUCCAAAUAUCUCACCAAAUCACCAGACUUUUCUCAAGUGCCACAACUGGAGAUACUGAUACUUGAAGGUUGCAUAAGCUUGGUUCAGGUUCAUGAGUCCAUUGGAAAUCUGAAAAGACUCAUUUCGCUAAAUUUAAAAGGAUGUAAGAACUUGAGGAAUCUCCCAAGAAGCAUUUCGAGUUUAAAAUCUCUUGAAACUUUUAACUUGUCCGGCUGUUUAAAAGUUGACAAGUUACCAGAGGAAUUAGGGAAUAUGAUGGCUUUAACGGAAUUGCUUGCAGAUGGAACUGCUAUUAAGCAACUACCGUCUUCCUUUGGUCUUUUGAAGAAUCUUAAAAAUUUAGUUUUAUCUGGAAGUAAAGAACAAUCCUCAAAAUCUUGGUUGUCACUUCUCUCAUCAUGGAUGUCACCAAAAAGCUUAAAUCCAGUAAGUUUGCUACCAACUUCCAUUUCUGGAUUACGUUCUUUGACAGCAUUAGAUCUCUCUGAGCGCAAUUUGUAUGAAGAUGAGAUUCCUAUUGAUCUUGGGAGUUUAUCUUCACUCCGGGAUUUGAAUUUAUCAGGAAACAAUUUUCGUAACCUCCCUGAUUGCAUCCGUCACCUUCCUAAAUUGUACUUUUUGUGGUUGGGUAGAUGUACUACUCUUCAAUCAAUUUCAGGAUUCCCUGCAAGUGUACGUGUCUUGGAAGCAAGUGGCUGCACAUCGAUGGAAAGACUCUUAAUUUUGCCAAACCAUAAAAGUAGACAAGUUAUUGUCCUUCGUAAUUGCUACAAAUUGACUGAGAUUCAAGGCUUUGAGAAUUUGGAAUUUGCUUCAAUCGUUCACAUGGAAGGUUGUGACAAUCUAGCAUAUGAUUUUAGGAGUUAUCUCCAGCGUAUGUCAAUCAUGGGCGUUGAUCAACAUCAUGUCUUUUGCCUCCCUGGUAGUGAGGUUCCAAAUUGGUUCAGCCAUCAGAGAAUUGGGUCUUCGAUAUCCUUCCAUGUACCUUCAGUUUCAAAUGGUCAAAUCCUUCGGUUGCUUGUUUUUGCUGUUUAUGCAACCAACGGAGACUACAAUAAGAUGGGUGGUCUUUCUCCUCACUUGAUAAUUGAUAAUAAAACUAGAGGCUACCAGCACAUUCUUUGGCUAACACUCUUUUGUGGUCCUAUAUCUUGUGAAGAUCAUGUCUUUCUACAUCAGACGCUACUUGUAAGAGAUGAAAUUGAGAUGGAAAGUGGAGAUGAAAUUGAGUUGUCUAUCAAAUUUUGGGAAGCAGCUAAAGUGAACAAGUGUGGAAUUCAUCUACAAGUUAUUGAGCCAAAAAUGUAAUGGAAGAAUGUGAAAGCGUGGUCCAAUAUCUCGAUUUUGACACUGCUAAACAUGAUGCUGGCCAUGGAGAGGUCUCUUAAGAUAAAGAGGAUCCAUUAGCAACCGCAGGCAGGAUCCUCCCAAAUAUGGCAAUGGCGGUGGAAAAGGAUGAGAAAUCACAGGUGAUCUCUUUCUCUCUUGUCCCAAAUCUUUGUUGCUCAUGCCAUGAGCUCCCCCAACAAGUUCAAGGAAGGAAUCUGAGAAUUUUUAGAAUUAUGAAUUAUCAGUAAAUUAUAAUGGAGAGAUAUGAUUUUUUUUUUUUUUUUUUUUUUUUUUGAAACGAAUGGAGAGAUAUGAAUUGGCCAGGAUAAGAGUUGCUAACUUCUUGUUGGUGUUGUAUUCUAUAUAUAGACUGUACAGUUACAAUGAUAAGUAUGAGCCACAGAGUUACAACAA